AUGGAAGUAGAAAUGGAUGAGACUGUAAAACAGAGGGUGGGAUACCACAUCCAGCGCGAAGUCAUGGAUGAAUUCCAAGUUGAUAAACUUGGUGAAAAAUCUGCUGUCCACACAUCACCCAUGGACAAAAUUAAGGAAUCAGUGAGGUGUUCUGGUUCUCGUGUGAAGAGCUGCUUUCUGUCGUGUAUUCCCGUGCUGUUAUGGCUGCCACGUUACUCACUCAAAGAAAACGCUAUUCCAGACCUUAUCUCAGGAAUCAGUGUGGGCAUCAUGCACCUACCGCAAGGUAUGGCGUAUGCAAUGAUCGCUUCUGUCCCACCUGUUUUUGGCCUCUACACAUCCUUCUACCCAAUCCUUGUCUAUUUCAUCUUUGGGACGUCUAAGCACAUCUCAGUAGGUACGUUCGCAGUGGUGAGUGUGAUGGUCGGUGGUGUGGCAGAGCGUAUGGCUCCAGAUAAAGAUUUCAUGAUGCUUAGUAACCUCUCCAACAACAGUAUCGACACUGUGGCUCGUGACGCUGAGAGGGUCAAGGUUGCUACAGCUGUCACCUUUCUAUGUGGCAUCUUUCAGGUGCUCUUAGGCCUAGUGCGGUUUGGAUUUGUGGUGACAUAUCUUUCUGAGCCUUUGGUUAGAGGCUACACAACAGGAGCAGCUAUUCAUGUGAUUGUGUCCCAGCUUAAAUACACAUUUGGGAUCAACCCGCACCGCUACUCUGGACCGUUCUCUCUUAUAUAUACGGUGUUGGAUGUGUGUUCUUUGAUGGGAGAGACAAACAUUGGGACACUGGUUGUGAGCAUUGUAACCAUUUUGUGUCUGAUCUUUGCUAAGGAAUUGAAUAUCUUUCUGGCACGCAAAAUUCCUGUUCCUAUUCCUGUUGAGCUUCUUGCUGUUAUUCUAGCUACUGUAGUGUCAUGCAACUUUAAUUUCGAGGAUAAGUACAACGUGGAUGUUGUAGGUUUGAUACCAUCAGGUCUGCGGGCUCCGGUGUUGCCCAUGUUCUCUAUGAUGGGAUCUAUGAUUGGUGAUGCGUUUGCUAUAGCUGUUGUGGGUUAUGGUAUUUCCAUCUCUCUUGGCCGAACCUUUGGUCUCAAAUUUGGCUACAAAGUCAACAGCAACCAGGAACUGAUAGCAUUAGGGUUGAGCAACUUAGUUGGUGCCAUAUUCCAGUGCUUUGCCGUCAGCUGCUCCAUGUCUCGUACUAUGGUGCAGAUUAGUACAGGGGGAAAGACUCAGGUUGCAAGUGCUCUCUCCGCUAUAGUGAUCCUUGCGAUCUUGUUAAAGAUUGGAGAACUCUUUGAAAAGCUGCCUAAGGCAGUACUGGCUGCUAUUAUCUAUGUGAACCUGCAUGGCAUGAUGAAGCAAUUCACAGACAUUCGAACACUCUGGAGGAGCAACAGAAUGGACAUGCUGGUUUGGUUGAUGACAUUCAUUCUCACUGUGCUGUUAAAUCCUGAUAUGGGUUUGGCUGCAUCCAUCGCCUUCUCCCUGCUCACCGUUAUAUUCAGGACACAGCUAUCGAAGUAUUCUGUCCUUGGUCAGAUUCCUGGCACUGAUAUCUACAAACCCAUAGAGGACUAUAACCAGGUUACACAGAUUCCACGUCUUGUGAUUUUCCGAUGCUCUGCUACACUGUACUUUGCGAAUGCGGAGAUGUAUACAGAACACCUCUAUGAGAAGAGCGGGGUAGAUGUACCUAAACUCCUCAUGCAGAGGAAGAAGCUAGAGGCAAAGAGACUCAAGAAAGAGAAGAAAGAGGCUAAACGAGCAAAAAAACAAGCAAAGUUGAAGGCUGCAGAAAUGACAGAAAAGGAGGAACAAAAUGAGGUUGCAGUGGCAGUGAGUCCAAAGGAUGACCAGGGCCCUGACCCCACUUUGCCCAAGGCCAUCAUCCUCGAUCUGAGUCCACUGAACUUCCUGGAUACAGUGGGAGUGAAAACAUUGCGCAAUAUCCAUAAGGACUUUGGUGAUGCUGGAAUUAAAGUGCUCUUAUCAGGCUGUCAGUCAUGUGUUACUGACAGUUUGGAGAAGGGAGAUUUCUUCAAUGACAAAGUCACAAAAGCGAUUCUGUUUUCCACUGUUCAUGAUGCUGUUCUUCACUGCCAAGAAGAAAACAAAGAGGAGCCUAAGUCCACACAUCUCUGA